AUGUGAAAACACUGAUAAAAACACAGAGUCAUGAAAGAUUUGAAGGGACGUUGGAGAAAACACUUUCAAUGCGAAGGCAUUAUGAUCAAAAACAGUAUCAAGUGCCAUCCGUUUUUAUAUAUUAGUAUAGAUGUAGAUUAACAAGCCACAGCAUCAGAACCAGGAACGAAAUAAACAGAGCCUUAGCCACAAGUAUGGGCUCCAUAGAAAGUUAUCAAGAAGAGGAAGCAUGUCUUGAUGCCAUGAUAUUCUCUAGCUCUCGUGUCUUUCCUCUGGUCCUUCGCACAGCUAUCGAGCUAAAUCUCUUUGACAUCAUAGCCAAAGCAGGCCCUGGAGCUUAUGUUUCAGCUUCUGAGAUUGCCGCUCAGCUUCCCACAUCAAAUCCUGAGGCCCCUUCUAUGCUUGACCGUAUGUUGCGUCUCUUCGCCACUCACUCCCUUCUCUCUUACUCCUCACGAACCCUCGAAGAUGGUAGGAUUGAAAAGCUUUAUGGGCUCACGCCUGCCUGUAAAUUCUUUCUUGGCACUGUAGAAGAAGGCUCUUUCGCCCCGUUUUCUGCUUUUGCCUAUCACAGAGCCACCUUGGAGGUUUGGUUACAUAUGAAGGAUGCAAUUCUUGAAGGUGGAGAUCUGUUUAAGAAAGUUCAUGGGAUGUCUAUGUUCGAGUACAUGAAUAAAGAUCCAGAAUUCAACACCAUCUUCAAUCAAGCAAUUGCUGGUCUCACUAAAUUCUCAAUGAAUGAAAUUCUUGCGAUAUACAAAGGAUUCGAGGGACUCACUUCACUGGUUGAUGUUGGCGGUGGCACUGGCAGGACUCUCAAUAUGAUCAUCUCUAAGUACCCUUCCAUCAAAGGCAUCAACUAUGAUCUGCCUCAUGUGACCCAAAGUGCACCACCUUAUCCUGGAGUCCAGCAUGUAGGAGGAAAUAUGUUCACAAGCGUUCCUAAAGGAGAAGCAAUUAUGAUAAAGGAUACAUGCCACAACUGGAAUGAUGAAAACGUGGUAAGAGUAAUGAAGAACAUUUAUGAGGCGCUGCCAAAUAAUGGGAAACUUAUAGUGAUGAAUGCAUUAUUGCCAGAAGAACCAGAGAAAAGCAAGGCUUCCCAGUUUGUUUCAAGAAUUGAUAUUACCAUGUUAACUCAUCAUUCAGGCAAAGAGAGGACAACAAGGGAAUUUGAGGCCUUGAUCAGGGCAGCUGGCUUCACAAACUUUCAAGUUGCUUGUGUUGCUCGUGGUAUAUGGGCUGUAAUGGAAUCCCACAAAUAAUUAAAUUGUACAAGCCACUCAUCAUGGGAUUCAAGUGAUUCUAUUUUUGAGCUGUUCUUUAAUUUAUCUUAUUAAUAAUCCCACCCUAAAUAUGGCUA